GCUCCUGUAACAACUUUCCGGAGAGUAUAAAAAGAGGCGACCGAGGCUCAGUUCGGUAGAACCACGACUCGAGUCUUCACUGAACGUUACAGUUUAUACCGUACAAGCCACCCUAUAACCCUUCACCAUGUUGGAUGACGAGGAAGAAGAAGCCACCGCCCUGGUCUGCGACAACGGUUCCGGCAUGUGUAAGGCGGGGUUUGCGGGUGACGACGCCCCGCGGUCCGUGUUCCCGUCUAUCGUCGGCCGGCCUCGGCACCAGGGAGUCAUGGUCGGCAUGGGGCAGAAGGACGCGUAUGUGGGGGACGAGGCGCAGAGCAAAAGAGGCAUCCUGACUCUGAAGUACCCGAUCGAGCACGGCAUCGUGACGAACUGGGACGACAUGGAGAAGAUUUGGCACCACACCUUCUACAACGAGCUGCGAGUCGCUCCCGAGGAACACCCGACUCUGCUCACAGAGGCGCCGCUUAACCCUAAGGCUAACCGUGAGAAGAUGACGCAGAUCAUGUUUGAGACGUUCAACACGCCCGCCAUGUACGUGUGUAUCCAGGCCGUGCUGUCCCUGUACGCCUCUGGCAGAACAACAGGUCUGGUGAUGGACUCGGGAGACGGCGUGUCCCACACCGUGCCUAUUUACGAGGGUUACGCCAUGCCUCACGCCAUCCUCCGGCUGGACCUGGCGGGAAGGGAGCUCUCAAACUACCUGAUGAGGGUCAUGUGCGACCGCGGGUACUCAUUCGUCACAACAGCUGAACGUGAGAUAGUCCGUGACAUUAAGGAGAAGCUAGGUUACGUCGCGCUGGACUUCGAGCAGGAGAUGCUGACUGCCGCCACCUCCACGUCUCUGGAGAAGAGUUACGAGCUGCCGGACGGACAGGUCAUCACCAUCGGCAACGAGAGGUUCCGCUGUGCUGAGGCGCUCUUCCAGCCGUCUUUCCUGGGUAUGGAGUCUGCCGGCGUGCAUGAGACGUGUUAUAACGCCAUUAUGAAGUGCGACAUCGACGUGCGUAAGGACCUGUACGCCAACACCGUGCUGUCCGGCGGCACCACCAUGUUCCCGGGUAUCGGGGACCGCAUGCAGAAGGAGAUGGUGGCCCUGGCACCCAGCACCAUGAAGAUCAAGAUCAUCGCUCCUCCCGAGAGGAAGUACUCCGUGUGGAUCGGCGGGUCCAUCCUGUCUUCUCUCUCCACGUUUCAGACCAUGUGGAUCACAAAACAGGAGUACGACGAGUCAGGCCCGGCUAUUGUGCACAGAAAGUGCUUCUAAUGUAUUCCCUACAAACUGUUAGGAUAGUUUCUAUCUGUCAUCGUAUUCCCUCCAAACUAUAGGCUAGUUUCGUUCUGUCAUUGUAAUCUGCAAUCUUGCAUUCUGUCAAUCCCUCUCAUUUCAUCUAUCCCUUCGUCUUGAUUCUUUUACCAUUGAAGCACCACAGAUGUUCUGACAAUCAAUUUUCUUUAUCCUUUUCGGUUGUUUGUCCAUCUUUGCCCAUCACGUUUCAUUUAGUGUCGCGCCUUAUCCUCUCAUCGUACUCCGACUUCACCAGACCCUGUCUCAUGUAGAAGAUUCAUGUUUUGUCUCCACGCAACCGCAUAUGUGCUAUUACAUCGUUCCUUGUGUAACAUUAUCUGUGAAUGAAUCUAUUUCUGAUGUAUCUUCAUGGAAAUGACAUUUUACUGACUUGUAGGCGAAUCGUUUCAGUAAAGACUAGUAGUCAGUGUAGCAAUGUUAGAUUUAGUCGCCACAAACAUCCUUGUAAUGUGACAAAUAUGCUGAAAAGAUCCUUACUAGCGUUGUAUUUAAAUAGCUGCCAUAUUUCGGGCUGUGGACACGCUACAACGAGGGUAGUUUUAUUCCAUAACAAGACGACUCAAAAACAGUGCUACUAUGUACCGUAUCCAAGGAUCUGGCUUAGAUGACAUGUGUGUAUCUGAAGAAUUCAUGUAAUCAUGUCGAUAUCUCGGACCAAACUAUAUAUUUGUAACUCUGAUAUCUGGAAAUAAAUAUGACAUAUUCCGCGGAA